AUGGCGCCUAUUCCUGGCAUCAGCGGCGAGCAAAGCGAAAUUGGCACUGCGAGCUAUGAGCAAUGGAGGCAACAGUACGCCACGUCCACUCAUGAAAAUGAUCACGAUAUGCAUCCUGGACACAUCGUCCGUGCCUUGAACUCCAAGGACAUCAAGGCCGUAAUUGCCUACGCCAAGGAAAAUGGCAAAGCUAUAGCCAUACGCAGUGGCGGCCAUCAGUACAGCGGCGCCUCGUCCACAGGUCAAUCCAACAUCCAGCUAGACCUUCGGAACACUUUCAAGGUCCCCGGACAAGAUCUGUCGCUCAUACAACUUGACGAUGAAACCCAUGUUCGCGUCAGUGUCAGCUGGAGCUUGCUCGAGUUCAAUUCUUUCUUGGGCGCGAACCAUCUGUUCGUUCCGCAUGGGCAGUGCCAGUCUGUGUGCAUGGGCGGUCAUGCUCAAACUGGGGGCUAUGGUCAACUGGGCCGCAGCUUUGGAUUGAUGGGAGACCAUAUUGUCGAGCUUGAGUUCAUAGAUCACAACGGCACCGAGAAAAAGAUCACUCCAGCGAGCCACCCUGACGAGUUCUUCGCUUGGACUGGCGGCAGCCCUGGAAAUCUGGGAGUCCUGACCCACAUCACGCUCAAGGUCUAUCAAGAUGCAGACUAUCGGGGCUCCCGAGGCCUCAAGUGUCUCCAUAUGUACACACCAGAAUCUCUUCAGAAGCUCCUACAAGUCUUGGCCGAGAUGAACGACGACGAAGACUUCCCUCGCAACUAUGAUCUGUGCAUCACAGUGAUCAGUGAGGACUACCCUCUCGACGGCAUCUUCGACCUGAAGCGACUUACUAAGCAAAAGUCUGGGCUUUGCAGACUGGACGGAACUUCACUUAUGUCUUUGAUCGUCAUCUAUGCACAGUGGGUGCCAUUCAGCACCAUCGACAAACCAGAUGAUACGUGGUUUGGCAAGCUCAAGGACGGUGCCGUGAUCACCGACGAUAGAGUCAGACCCAUGUCGGAACUGACAGCUGAGUGGAUCUUCCGCAAAGAUCGUGAAUACAAUCUUCCUUAUGUGAAGCGUACUUACCUAACCGCUGCCACGAACCUGAGCAAGAAUGGCUGGGUGAAGUGGACGGCCGGACGCGUGGACGAGGUGGUCAAGACCACGGGACAUUAUAUCGCUGCUCAAGUACAGCCGUAUGGCGGGAAGAACUCUCGCUUUAGGGUCAACGACGAUGGAAGAAGCGCAUACAGUUGGCGAGACUCGACAGUGGUCUUGAUUCUCGAUAACUUCUAUGUUCCUGGAAACGGUCACAAGGAGCAGGCAGAGGCAUGGGCGGCUAUCAACGAAGAGCAGGGUAUUGGUGAGAACAAGUAUUUCAGCACGCAGGAUCGACGCGUCCUCUGGGGAUCAUGGGGCAGCUAUAAUCUUCAUAGCGUUUGGCCACACUACUACGAGGAUGAGGUAAAGUACCAGAGGAUUCAGAGGGCCAGGAAGGCAGCUGAUCCAUAUGGUGUCUUUACACCCAAUUCUUUCUCUGUCCUGCGCGCUGACUAG